UCCGAUCCUGCUAAUGAGCAUCCUGUGUAAGGGUGCAGUGAGUCGUCAGAGUGUGCGCAAUAGAUAUUUUUAGGCUUCAAACAAUACAAUAUACUGUAAAAACUGCUUUUAAACGCCAAAGGCGUCUGACGUCAACAAUAAUGAAAAGCAAUAAGCAUUCUCUGCCGCCGACAGACGGUCGUAUGACAGCGAACGACAAGAAACAGUGCUGACAUUUCAGAUCUAUUCGUGCACCACAGUGAGAGUUCACCAACAUGAUGCGAUUACCAGCGUUGCUCACUCUUGGGCUUCUAGCCGCACUGUCUUGGACUCUCACACAAGCACCAGCCUGCACACUGUCCAAUACGGCUGACCUUGACGGAGAUAGUCCUGCAGUCACACUGGCUCUCUCUAUUGAAGACAGCUGUAAGAAAGUCUGCAAUUCAAUCGCCGAGUGUAUGGCCUUUGUCUUUCGCUCCAGCCCCGCUGAGUGCAAGUUGUUGGAGUCAGUACCUACUACAACUGCCACUGUUGGAAGUGUUUAUUCCAAGAAGAUACAAAGUGGCUCAGGUCCCUCUUGUGAGUUCGAGAGAUCAGAGAACAUGGACGUGCCGUCCUCUGCCAGCUCCACCAGUCUCACCAACAGUGCUAGAUCGUGUGCUGAACUAUGUCUGGCCAUCAGUAACUGUUUAGCAGUCAGUUACAACCCGAAUGGAGGCCUGUGCAAGCUCUUCACCUCCACACCAAUGACUACAGCCAGUUCAGGUGUCACCUUAUAUGAAAAAUCUUGCAGCAGCUCCGACACAGCUACUUUUACCACCACCGAUGUUUGCAACGAUAGUGGUUCCAAGACCACCCCACACCCGACCUUUCUUGUCUCCGUCAUUGUGCUAACUCUGAUCUUGAGCUGAGGAAAGGGACGAGCGUCGUCAUGUAAUGGAGCUCUCUCAUUCGGUCGUUCUCAUUCAAGGACUAUCUGCGUGUGUUACCAGAUCUCCAGAGAAGUUGCCGUGUUAAAGAAGUGCUAAUGUUUGCAGAUUGUUCACAUUGUUUCAUAUAUCUACUGAUGUAAUUAACAUAUUGCAUUGUACUUUUAGCCUGCGUGUGAUUUACACUUUCUUUAUUUUUAUUCGUCUGUGUCUACUGAUAUUCACAUUUCCAGAGAUGUGUACAUUUCAUGUGUUAUUUUUUUGUUGUUGAAGUGUUUGGAUAUACCUGUUAUAAAACGUUAUCCGUACAUUUUCAGAUAUGUUACCUAAAAUAUAUCAUUAUUUGUAUAUUUUCCGAAAUUUUAUCUUCAUAAGACAUUAUUCAUUUAUUUCCAGAGAGCUUCCCUUUUAUUGGCCAUUGUUCAUAUAUUCUACUCAUAGGCAUUUUCCGCUUCUCUCUCUCUCUCUCUCUCUCUCUCUCUCUCUCUCUCUCUCUCUCUCUCUCUCUCUCUCUCUCUCUCUCUCUUUAUUUUCAGAGAUGUUGUUGAAAUUAUACCUUUAAAACGUUUUUGUACAACUGAAAGAUAAAACCUUCACUGCUUUUUUGUGAAUGUUAAAAAUGUUUGGAUACCCUUCGCAUCAGAAAAGCUUUCAUUUCCUUCAUUGUAUUUCUUCAUUUCUUGUCAGGGCAGAUUUUGCUUCCUUACAACUUUGCUGCUAUCCCUUUUAAUAUUCCUGUCAAUUUUUGUUACUCUGCCAUAUUUUAUUAUACAAGUGGUAACCUACACACUUCAGAAUAUUCACAUUCUAUUGUUCUCCCUCUCGCAUAUUUUUUGCACCCAUUACUCAAUACACUAAUUUUAAUGUUUUUGAACAAAGCUGUUAACCGCUGGGUUUGUCAUACAAAAGAUUCCUAAAUAUAUACCAACUUACCCACAGACUGAUCGACCAGUCUACUUACCCAUAUAUAAUUAUGUAUGACCCCUACUAUUGAGAGAUGAAAACACACAUGCGCAUUUAUAAUCACACACACGCACACACUCACAAACACACACACACACACACACACACAUACACGCACGCACACACACACACACACACACACACACACACACACACACACACACACAGUGCCCAGUCAUGUAUACAUACUGUACGAGGAUGAGUGCACCAUAAUGUGUGCAGAUCAUUGCUGGCCCUGUUUCUCCCACACACGCCCUUUGCUUGCUAUAAUUUGAUUAAAAGUGCUUCGGAAUUAA